GCUAUUCUGGGGAAGAUGGCGGAAGCUGCGGCGGCCCCGCAUCGGUUCUUCUGUCAUUGUUGUAAGGGAGAAGUAAGCCCCAAGCUCCCGGAGUACAUCUGUCCCAGGUGUGAGUCUGGCUUUAUAGAGGAGGUAACAGAAGAUUCCAGUCUGCUAGAGGGUGGCGCUAACGGGACAGAUGACACAGCCACACAGUUUGCAGAGCUGUGGCACCUGUUGUUUGUAGAGAGGCCUUUCACAGUGGAUGGUGACAGUCCAGACUCAGAGCCCCGGGUCCCUGGUGGAGGGGUUGGGGUAGGAGCAGGGGGGUUAGGUCUGGGGGGGCUGGGAGGGCUAGGAGGCCUGGGAGGAGGUCCUAUCGGAGGGUCAGUUCCUGCUGGGUUAGGAGGACCCCUGGGGGGUCCUCUGGGAGGGGGGGAACACUGGGGGCCCGGUCGCCCCCCUCGCCUGCACAGUCAGCGGAGGUACCGCUCCAGAGGGAGCAGCAGACCUGACCGCUCGCCUGCCGUAGAGGGGAUAGUACAACAGUUUCUGGCUGGUCUAUUUGCCAACUCUGGAGUUCCUGGCCAACCUCCCCUCUCUUGGACGGGGAUGCUACACUCUAACCCAGGGGACUAUGCUUGGGGACAGGGGGGACUGGACGCAGUCAUCACACAGUUGUUAGGUCAGUUUGAGAACACGGGCCCUCCUCCUGCAGAGAAAGAGAAGAUCUCCUCCAUUCCUACAGUCAACGUGUCUCAGGAUCAAGCAGACUGCAGUAUGGAGUGUCCGGUGUGCAAGGAGGACUUUGCAGUGGGAGAGCCCGUCAGACAGCUACCCUGCAACCACUUCUUCCACUCAGACUGUAUAGUACCCUGGCUGGAAAUGCACGAUACGUCUGUGUGUGAGAAGGGGUUGAAUGGGAAGACAGCAACACCCAGAACCCCCCAAAUCCCCCUCUCUAAACACGGACCCCGCACACAGGAGAGAUGGUCCUUCUGAAAUACACCUCCCCCUCAUCCCUCCAUCGCCUUAUCGCACCUCUCCUCUGACCUCCUUUUAAUCUCCAUCUCAUCCGUCCUUCAUUCCACUUUUUUGACCCUCAUCCCCCUCUUCUCUACGAAUACUGCACACGGGAAUAAGGACUUUCUGAAGGAAAAUACCUCCUUCAUCUCUGCUCAUUCCCGUGUCAUCCCUUCAUCUCUGCCUCAUUCCUCCGUGUCAUCCCUUCAUCUCUGCCUCAUUCCUCCGCUUCAAUCUCUGCCUCAUUCCUCCGUGUCAUCUCUGCCUCAUUCCUCCGUGUCAUCUCUGCCUCAUUCCUCCGUGUCAUCUCUGCCUCAUUCCUCCGUGUCAUCUCUGC